AUGCUUCGACCAUGGCUACGCCAAUGCCCCAGAGCUGCCCGCUCUCUCGCCAGUCCCCGUUGUCGCCAGUCCUAUAUCCCUCGGCCACGUUUGCUCCCCUCUGAUGCCAUCUCAUCUUCUUUAUCGCAAUCUCGAGUUAGGCAUCUACAGACCUCCACCGCAGAGCCCGAAGACCGCGUUCCCCUACGAAAGCAACUCAAACAAGGUGCCAAGGCCUUGAAAGCUCACAAGCGCCAGAGGAGGGAGAGUGAGGAAGCAUCCCGGCAGAAAUGGGAAUUGACCGUGGGCAUUGAGAUUCACGCGCAACUGAAUACCCAGUCCAAAUUGUUCUCCAGUGCCUCGACGUCAUCUACCGACCUUCCCAAUUCCAAUGUCGCUCUCUUUGACCUGGCCUUUCCGGGCAGUCAACCCAAAUUUCAAAUCCCAACCCUCCUUCCUGCCCUGCGCGCUGCCCUGGCACUGAACUGUGAUAUCCAGUCGGUCAGUCGGUUUGACCGGAAACAUUAUUUCUACCAGGAUCAACCGGCUGGCUACCAGAUCACCCAAUACUAUGAACCCUUUGCACGAGCCGGCUACGUCGACCUCUUCAGCCACGACGGUAUUGCGCCGGAAGAUGGAGACCAGGUUCGCAUUGGCAUCAAGCAGGUCCAGCUCGAACAGGAUACAGCCAAAUCCCAAGAAUACCCUCCCUCGACGCAACUCCUCGAUUUCAACCGUGUCUCCCAUCCGCUUAUCGAGAUCAUCACCAUGCCCCAAAUCCAUACGCCCGCAACCGCUGCGGCAUGCGUUCGAAAGAUCCAAUCCAUUCUCCAGUCGUGCAGUGCCGUCACAACGGGUAUGGAACUGGGAGGUCUCCGAGCCGAUGUCAACGUAUCCAUCCGCCAGCGGGGGGAAGUCGAAGGCACCCACCAAUACGGAGGAAUCGGCGGUCUCGGCCAACGCACUGAGAUCAAAAACCUGAGCAGUUUUAAGGCAGUAGAGGAUGCCAUUAUCGCCGAAAAGAACCGUCAGAUCGCCGUCCUCGAGAGCGGAGGAAAGGUGGAAGGAGAGACCCGCGGAUGGACGAUUGGAAGCACGGAGACACGGAAGCUCCGAGGCAAAGAAGGCGAGGUGGACUAUCGCUAUAUGCCCGACCCCGACAUUCCGCCGCUCUUUAUUUGUGACGACCUCGUGGCUGAACUACGGAACACGUUGCCAGCGGUCUCGGACGAGCUGAUCGGGGUGUUGAAGGAUCCUGCGUACGGUCUUCCCAUCGAGGAUGCCAAACCGCUGGUUGAGCUGGAAGACGGAGCACGAUUGGAAUACUACCAGGACGUGGUGGAUAUCCUGCGCGAUCUGCAGCAAGAUCAGGAUUCCAAAACUCGAGCAACUCUAGGGCGCGUGGCGGGUAACUGGGUUCUUCACGAGCUUGGAGGGUUGCUGACCAAAGCAGACCUGGUCUGGGAUCCGGAGCGUGUUCCCGCACAGUCUCUCGCUGAAAUAAUCGACCAGCUGCAGCGGAAACGGAUCACCGGUCCUACGGCCAAGCAGGUAUUGGCCAUGGUGUUUGACGGUGACUCGCGGGCGGUCCCCCGGCUUCUGGAGGAGGAGAAUCUACUUCUUCGCCCUCUUUCGCGGGAGGAGUAUGUGACCCUAGCCGAAGGCGCGAUUGCUCAGAACCCUCAGAUGGUCGAACAGAUUCGCAGCAAGAACCAAGUGGGUAAAUUAGGGUGGUUUGUAGGACAGAUGAUGCGCAUGGGGGAGAAAGGUCGCGUGGAAGCACCCAAGGCUGACGCAAUUCUGCGGGAGCUUAUCCUAGGGGACGGCCAGGGUCCAUGA